CUUGCUGCUGUCUACGCAUGCUCGCUGGCGAUGUGUGUCUGGCCGGCCGGCUUGUUUGGAGACGCCCGACCUUCGACGCAGCCGAGGGCUGGGGGGAAAGCGCCGCGUAGCCGUCAACGGCGGCAGGAAGGGGGACCGGCCGCGGAGGGGACCCGCUUCGCACAGACCCGCCGACAAGACGCUCUCUGAGCUGGACACGUUCUACAUUUGCAACAUUUUCCAUAGGAUUGAAAAAUGAAGAGGGAAGAACAAUAUUAUUUGAACUCCAAUGGUGCAAGGAGAUUUCUGGAGUGCUUCCUGUAAAGUAUUUUGUAGAAGAAUGCAUUCUUCAAAGAAUAAAAAUGUAGAAAAGCCAGAACCAUUUUAUAGACCUUUAGUACCUAAGCAGAAGACCAGUGCUGAGAUAAUAAAUGAAGCACGAAAUGCACUAAGGACUUUAAGAACUCAGAGGCCAUUUACACCUAGAGAGGACCAAAGGAAACUUUUUGGAUCUGCAUCUUCACGAACACCAGAAAAUAGACCACCUUCCACUUUUAGUCUCCACGCUUCCAGUUUUGAAUCCGGUGAAUCAAGACUGGUUUCUGGUACACGUCUCAGCCCACUGGACCAUAAGCCAAAACUACUUUCAUCACCUAUAAAAGAUGAAGAUUCUUCCAUUUCCUUCCCGAAGCCUCCAGUGGACCCAAUGGAGGUUAGGAAAGUCAGCUGUGCCCGGGCUCGCUUAUAUAGAACAGCUUCUCAGGGAAAUCUCAUUCCGGAUAAAAUAUUUCUUCCUGAUGAGAAUAAGGAGGGGGUAAAUUCUGAAGAACCAGCUACCAUGGAUGAUCUUUCAAGGAGAAGUAAUAAAAGUUGUUUUGCAGAACUAAGUCCACACUCCAUUUUUAAGGAUGAUGGUAUUCCACUAAUUUACAAUAAGCAUAAUACGGCAGAGGACCAAGACUUCUUAAAAGGGGCAGUAGCAACAUCUCCAUUGCAAUUCAGAAGUGGAAGGCCAUGUCUACACUACCCGCCGGAUCUAUCGAUCCCUGAUUGCUCUGCCAUCGACUCCGGAAUGCCACCACAGCGAGAGGCGGAAGCGGAGUUGACGGGGGAAUGGCGGCUGUCGAUCCCGUGCUGCGAGGACGCGAAUGACCAAAUUAAAAAUGGUGACAAGGCUUCAUCAAAUCCAAGCAGCAGUGGCUGGAAUAAAUCAGGAAGCAAAGCAGGCUCAGAGAAUGACUCAAGAGUAAAUGAAACAGAAGAGGAAGAAAACUACUGGAAUGUAAAGAUUGUACCAAUUAUGUAUGAAUUAGAGAAUGAAGACAAUGUAGAAAACCUCUACCUUGCCUGCACCAGUCUCCAUCAAGCCUUGGAAGAAGGAAACAUGUUUGGAAAGAGAUUUAAAAGAAGAAGUGCGCUUCUGAAGAUAUUAUAUAAACUAGUUGACAUUGGUUCAGACCCACUUGGCCUGAAACUGGCAAGAAUGAUUCUGGCUCUCAAAGUAAGUGGAAAGAAUCUGCUCAAUGUCUGCAAGCUUGUAUUUAAAAUUAGUAGAAAUGAGAAAAAUGAUUCGCUCAUUCAAAAUGAUGGUCUAUUGGAUUCUUUGUUGGAGAUCCUGAGAUUUGAAGAUCUACAAACAAACAGUGAGGCUUUUCUGUAUUGCUUGGGAGCAAUAAAAUUCAUUUCUGGAAAUGCAGUACUCCUUAAUGAACUGGUUAACAAAGGAGCUGUUGAAAUACUGGUUCAGUUCAUGAAGCAGAUUAAUAAUAUUAAAGAAAAUGACACACGUUUCUCCAACUUGGGCCACCUAUUAGUACAGGUGACAGCUACUUUGCGAAACUUGGUUGACUUACCUCUUUCAAGAUGCCAGCUCCUAAGUAGCAGUGCAGUUUCAGAGCUCUGGGUGGUGCUGGAGCAGCGUAUAAAUGAUAGGGAUAUAUGUACCAAUAUUGUCAGGAUAUUCAGCAAACUUUCAUCCUACAAUGACUGCUGUGCAGCUCUGGCAGACUGCUCCAGGUGUUAUGUUUUAUUUUUAGCCCUUCUAAACAAACACCAAAAGAAGCAGGAUUUAGUUGUCCGUGUUGUUUUCAUUCUUGGCAAUUUAACAGCAAAGAACAACCUGGCCCGUGAACAAUUUUUUAAAGAGAAAGGAAGUGCUGACACCUUGAUAUCAUUAUUCCAAACCUACAAUGAACUUGAUUUGAAUGCAAAAAAAGAACAACAUGAAGAAGAAGAAAACAAAUCAAAACAAAAGCAUCCUUCAGAAACAGAGGAUGUCCUUAUAAAACUUAUUAGAGUGCUUGCCAAUCUCUCCAUUCAUCCUAGUGUAGGUGCUGUUCUGGCAGCUAACCAUCGCAUUGUGGCAUUGCUUGUUACGGUUCUAGAAUACAAGUCAAUUGAUGACUGUGAGGAGCUGGUGAUCAACGCUACCGCAACAAUCAACAAUUUAUCCUAUUACAAAGGGAGGAAUUCUGUAAUCGAACACAAGAAGCUACACAUCGCGGAGUUGCUUCUAAAGCUGCUAAUGAGCAGCAAUAUGGAUGGAAUUCUGGAGGCUGUUAGAGUCUUUGGCAAUCUUUCCCAAUACCGUGAAAUCUGUGACUUCAUCAUACAGAGGAAGGUAUACAAGUUCAUGAUUGCUUUGCUCGAUGCCAAACAUCAAGAUGUCUGCUUUUCUGCCUGUGGAGUUCUGCUAAACCUUACUGUGGAUAAGAACAAACGAGCUGUACUAAAGGAAGAAGGAGGAAUUAAGAAGUUAGUUGAUUGUUUAAGAGACUUUGGGCCUACAGACUGGCAAUUGGCUUGCUUGAUAUGCAAAACGCUGUGGAACUAUAGUGAAAAUAUCACAAGUCCUGCAUCAUGCUUUGAAGAAGAAGAUAUCAAUACACUCCUAGUGCUGCUUGCAUCAUUUUUAGAUGAGGAACUAGCAUUGGAUUACAACUUCGACAGAGAUUUAAGAGACUAUCACAAACUGUAUUGGGAAACAGAGUUCAAGCCUGUGGCACAGAAGCUUCUCAGCAGAAUUCAAAGCCACCAUUCCUUCCUUCAGCCUAUCACUAUGACGUCAUUUUAACCUGGGGGCUGCUAAACUGUUAAUACAAACCACAGAAUAUUUCAGCUGUUUUAAAAUAGUAGUAGUAGAUGCAAACAGGAUUUGCUAUUAAUAUAUUGAAAACAACUCCAUUAAGUGCUGAUUAUCUUUGUAUGUAGAUUGUAUAUUUAACUAUUUCUGACGUUACCUAUACAUUUUCAUUGGCAAACAUGUUGGACAUUAUGGGGAAAAUGAAUAAAAUUAAUUUAUCUCACAGCUAGACUGAAUACU